GUGGAUGAUGGAGAUAUAGCCAAAUGUUUGCUGUGAGUCGAUGGUGGUAAGUCUAAACAUUGAGUGUUGGCGAAAGAAAACUACAGUGCCAUCGAAAUUUCAAACUGCGCUACGCACUUCUUUCUACCUCCAGCGGAUAGUAGGCAGCCACUUUAGGACAGAAUGAGCCAAGAAGCACAGCUGUUCAUGGAGGCAAUGGCCUCAAAUGAAGAUAAAUACAAACCGACCACACCUUCUUUCACAUCGCCAUCGGAACCACCUCUUGACGCUGCUAAUUCGGACAGAAAGUCAACUGCAUCGUCACAGCGACCCGUUCACACCGCUAGCAUUCUUGAAGACGAUCUGUUACCGGGAGUUCGCUUUGUAGUCAAUCGCUUUACGCUAUAUGAGACCAAAACAAGAUACUAUCUAUUUGGUACGAACCACCACCAGAAGCGAUACCGCGUUUUGAAGAUAGACCGAACUUCACCCAAGGAAUUAGUAGUCAUUGAGGAAGAUGCUUUAUAUACCCGUACAGAAGCUGAGCAACUACUGAAGAUGAUCAUAGACGGCAAUCGAAACUCCGGUGGAUGUAGUGAAGUGCCUAUGCAAAUACAUGGUAUCAUUGGCUUCAUAAAGUUUACUCAGGGAUGGUAUAUGUUGUUCAUCACUCGGCGAAGUCAAGUUGCCCUCAUCGGUGGACAUUACAUAUAUCACAUUGACGAAACUAAGCUGGUUCCUAUUGGUUUGCCUGUGAAGUAUGAUAAGAAUUCAGAUGAAGCAAGAUACAUUGCUAUAUUUCAGAAUGUUGAUAUGACCAAGAACUUUUACUUUUCUUAUACCUACGAUCUUACAAACACGUUGCAAGUCAACAUGACAAGACCGCCCUAUACGCAAUUGCAAAACGCGGCCAAAAAGGCAGAACUAAAUAAUGAAUACAAUCUCAUGUUUGCUUGGAAUCACUACUUGAUGAAGGCAGGAUUUGAAACCAUUAAUACUCAAUCCAGCUGGAUAUUACCUAUGGUCUAUGGAUUUGUAGACCAAGCAAAAAUCUCUGUUCUUGGCAGAAAUAUAUUUGUUACCCUAAUUGCUCGCAGAUCUCGGUAUUUUGCAGGUGCCAGAUUUUUGAAACGAGGAGCCAAUGAUAAGGGAUAUGUUGCAAACGAUGUCGAAACCGAACAGAUCGUGGCAGAAAUGGCUACAACGUCUUUCCAUGUGGGGGAUACGUUGUUCAACAAUCCAAGGUAUACCUCUUAUGUCCAGCACCGUGGUUCUAUCCCCUUGUUCUGGUCUCAAGAUACUACCAACAUGUCCCCAAAGCCAAAAAUAGAGCUUAAUCUUGUCGAUCCGUUUUUCUCUUCGGCGGCCCUGCAUUUUGACAAUCUGUUUAAACGGUAUGGAGCUCCAUGCAUUGUUUUGAACUUGAUUAAGCAAAAAGAAAAGACCAAGCGAGAGUCCAUUUUGGGUAAAGAGUUUGCAGAGGCUAUACAGUAUCUCAACCAAUUUCUGCCUGAUGAAAAGAAGAUCAAAUAUAUUGCGUGGGAUAUGUCAAGAGCAUCUAAAAGUCCUGACCAAGAUGUUAUCCGUUACCUGGAAGAUGUGGCAAAGGAGACUAUGGAAGCUACUGGAUUUUUUCACAGCGGAACAAAGAAGCCUACUGAACUAGAUGAGGAGGCUAGUAGCAGCGAUAGCAACUACAAAUACCGGCACAUCAUAUCGAGACAGCAUGGAGUUCUGAGAACGAAUUGCAUUGAUUGUUUGGAUCGGACAAACGCAGCUCAAUUUCUGAUGGGUAAAUGCGCACUUGGACAUCAGCUGUACGCGCUCGGAAUCGUGGCCACGCCAAAUGUAGAAUUCGACACAGACGUUGUGAAUAUUUUCACGGAAAUGUAUCAUGAUCAUGGUGAUACGAUUGCCCUCCAAUAUGGUGGAUCCCACCUUGUAAAUACUAUGGAAACAUAUCGCAAGAUCAAUCAGUGGACCAGUCACUCCCGGGAUAUGAUCGAAACCAUUCGACGAUAUUAUACAAACGCAUUCGUUGACGCGGAAAAGCAAGACGCUAUCAACUUGUUUUUAGGUAACUAUGUAUCUCAAGAUGGAAAGCCUCCCUUGUGGGAACUAAGCAGUGACUACCAUCUGCAUAAUGAGGACCCGAGGCUGCGAACAAAGAGAAGACAUUAUCGAAAAUGGUGGACACAGAACUUAUUCCAAGAUGAAGGAGGAGGCGAUGAGGAUGCUGUCGAAUUCAAGGCACCCGCCGAGCUUCUAGCGCCAAACAGCGAAGUAGACGAAAGCGAUCCGUUUAAAGGGUACUGGGUAGAGUACUAUGAACCCAAACGACUGACCAUGCUGGAUACUUUAUUUGCAUACACUAUGAACGGGACAGCAAAGUACAGACCGUAUCGGCUUGCCCCUACCAUUCGAGAUGGCAAACAAAUUGAAACCUUUGACUAUAGCCCGUUUACAGUUCGUCAUCUACGAGGUACUUUGCGACCCAGGACUGGCAAAAAGGAAAUGGUCAGCGAAGACGUGGUUCAGGCUGUCGAACCAAACCAGCGUGAAAAAGCAGGACCCUGGUCCAUGGAAGGAUUGGUCACACGUAGCCUUGAUCCCAACAUCAAUGAGGAUGAGUACAAGGAAUACAAGCGCUACACUAAGCAAUUCAAUAAUGUAGACCGCUUGACUGCAGUGACUCAAUUCGAUGACCACCCUUCGUCUACUCACCCUGAGUAUCAGAAUUACUUGAACUAUGUGAACCGAAAUGACCUGGAAAAUAAUCCCACGGCGUUGCAAACACUUCCCAUUGAUAAACAAGUGUACUCCACCUACAUUGACGUACCCAGCAGGGCAGUGGCGGUUCAGCUCAGUCGUCACGUGGGAAGCUAUGUGCAAGGCAAUGCGCGGCAACGAUAUGAAGGGUAUGCCACCUAUGCUCGAACGGGAAGAUUUCCUGCAACCACUCGAGAGACUUCAGAUGAAUCUCUCAAGCCGCCUUCCAAUGAAAUUUCUGAUGCCAAACUAAAAUAAAAUGGGAUUUGCACAGUGAAGAAACUGUCAGUCCUUGUUACUUUUCGACUGUGUGUCAUGCUAUAUAAACAAUGUGACUCUAAUGUAACGUGUUUUUAUCUGCGUCCUUGCCGUUGCAAACUGUAGCGUUGUAGUUUCGCCUCCCUUUGUGAGUAAAUAAACCAGUU